GCAAAAAGUUCGUUCCCGGUUCAUACUUGACAUCACCAAUGUCCAAUCUCAACACUCCUCGCAAAUUCCGUAUAAAGGCUCCUUGCUCAACUGCCAACAUUGGUCCCGGCUUUGAUGUAUUGGGUAUCUCACUAUCACUGUACUUGACCCUUGAUGUUGAGAUCCUUGACGGGUCACAGCCAAACACCAAGGACUUUGAAAUGACUUACUCUGGAGAAGGAGCCAACGACGUUCCACUCAUACCCGAAAAGAAUUUGAUCACAAAGACGGCACUAUAUGUCCUCCAUGCUAAUAGCAUCAAGUCUCUUCCAAAGCCAUUGAAGAUUCAUGUACAUAACCCUAUACCUCUCGGUCGCGGAUUAGGAUCUUCAGGCGCCGCUGUCGUUGCUGGUGUCGCUCUUGGUGAUGCCUUGGGUCAGCUGAAUAUGGGAAAGGACCGAAUGCUUGACUACUGCUUGAUGAUAGAACGUCAUCCAGACAAUGUGGCUGCUGCACUGAUGGGCGGAUUUGUAGCGUCGUAUCUUCGUGAACUAGAUGCCGCAGACUUAGAAAUUACUAGCAUCCCAGUAUCCGAGACAUUUGACAAUGUCACGAAUGGCACUGGUCCUUCUCCACCACAACCACCACGAGGAAUUGGACAUUUCGUUCGACUUGGAUGGGCGAAGGAGAUUAAAGCAAUUGCUAUAGUACCAAAGUUCGAAGUUGCUACUGCCAAGGCCAGAGCAGUUUUGCCAAACAACUACGAACGCAAAGAUAUUGUAUUCAACCUGCAAAGACUAGCAGUUUUAACUACUGCUCUUGGCCGAUCUCCUCCGGAUGCGGACUUAAUCUAUAACGCGAUGCAGGAUAAGAUCCAUCAACCAUAUAGAAAGACCUUGAUUCCUGGUCUGCCAGACGUUCUUACGUCCAUCACCCCACAAAAAUAUGACGGUCUUUUGGGCAUUUGCCUUUCUGGAGCAGGACCUACCAUUUUGGCACUUGCCACUCACAAUUUCGAUACCAUCGCGGAAGAGGCGAUGGCAGUUUUUAAGAAAGUCGGAGGAUUCGACUGUUUCUACGAGGUUUUAGACGUCGUUGAGGACGGUACUACAUGUACAUACCUUUAGAUCAUAAAAGAAAAACUUCCACAUAGAGUGCUAAAAUUUCUACCGUUUUUCAUUGAGCGCCUUAAAAAACAAUACAUCAAAUAGACUUUGAUGUCAUGACAUAA